GGAACAAAGAGAUUAGUCACUCGCGACGCAUAUUGCUGUGUCGGCUCUUUGAAGUGCACAAUUACCGCGACUUAUGCCCAUUAAUUCGGCUUAGUACAAAAGGAGUGUGUACAGAGGUAAUCAGGGUUACUCGGUGUAAUCAUCUGUCAAGUUUCUGCUGUCGUGCACCACUGAAAUUAGGUCAAAGAUUGAAUGAAAGGCUUAUGAUGACCUAGACAGUAAAUGGGCAGACAAGGUGAAGGGUGAAGGUUAGUGGGAACAAUGGCGAAACGAAAGUUGGGCGACACGGAGGACGGGUAUUCGUCGUCUUCAUCGAGGGAGGAAAACGAUGACGGGAACAGCUGUUCAAGCUCGGCAUCAACCAAUAGUAGUACAGAUGUGCCAACAGGAUCAAAACCAAAAAAACAGAAAACCAAAUCAGUAAAGUUCAAAGGUGUGAAUGUUUUCUACUUCCCUCGAACGCAGGGGUUCACGUGCGUACCUAGUGAAGGAGGCUCAACUUUGGGUAUGGGAGAGAAGCAUUUACACCGAGAUGAUUUUACGUUAGCGGAAUUCGCUCGUGAACAGCGACGAAUUCACCGAGAAAUGCUGGAAAAACAGCGUGAAGAGGGUAAACUUAUGGAAGGACUUGAAGCUCGUCUUGCCGAAAUGGAUGAAGAGGAAGAAGGGUGCAAUAGUGAUGAUGAUAGUGACUGGGAAUUCGAAGAUCUCGAUGAUUACUACUUUUUACAACCGGUGUCAAUUCGGCAGAGACGAAUAAUGUUGCGUAAUAAUGGGAUUAAGAAAAUUGAUAAUACAGAAAAAGACUCAUGUAAACAAAUCCGACAAUCUCGUGAACAAUGUGGUUGCGAUUGUAAACUGUAUUGCGAUCCGAAGACGUGCGCGUGUAGUUUAGCGGGAAUUAAAUGUCAAGUGGACAGGUUGUCUUUUCCAUGUGGUUGUACUAAGGAUGGAUGUGCCAAUCCAACGGGUCGUGUGGAAUUUAAUCCAAUUCGUGUACGAACUCAUUUUAUUCAUACUGUAAUGCGAUUGGAAUUUGAAUCAAAAUGCGAGAAGAGUUGUAAAUCAAGUGACUCGGAGAGUGACGAUAAGGAUUCUGUGAAUCUUUCUCAGUUUAAUAGUAACGAAAGGGGAUCAUGUAGGGACUGUCAGAAUUCUGAAUUCAGUAACGCGCUCAUGCAUGAGAUGGAGUACGCGGCUUUGAAUAGGGGACAGAGUCACAUGACAAAUUAUAACAUGACAAAUUCAUUUACGCACGUAACAAAUGGUCAGAAUGGAAACAUGAAUGGCAUAUUUAAACCAAAUCAGUCAUCUUUAUCUUACGCAAAUCUCACAAACUCAACAUUGAACAGUAUGUAUAAUUCUGCGACGGAAUUUUAUAACGCAGAAAAUACAACAAGCAUGUACGAUUUUCAUGGUCACAAAGACGAUGCUUCUUCAUAUUCAGAAAUGAGUGAAAGUUCAAAUGAAGAUGGUGUCAUGUAUCGGAAAUCUUUCGGAAAUUUACCGCGAUUUCAGCAAAACAUGAACUGUGUACCCAGUACUUCUGCGUUUUCUGUUAGUUCAAAUUCAGAUCAAAAGUUUUCUGACAUAGCUGAAGCAACUGAACCUGCAUUUAAACUACAACCCAUAUCAUCUAUUUUGAACUCUGUUAAUGACACGUUUUCAACGCAGAGUUCAGCUCUAUGGAACUCGGAUGGUAAGUUAACAGAAAAUCCACUGUCGACAGGUUUACCGGCUGUCUCGACAGCAUCUCUUCCAGAUUGUUGCUACACAACCAUGAAUAACACAACAUCUGAUAAAAUCGCAGAAACUUGCCCGGGAAUUUCCUCGCACAUGAACAAAGAGGUAAAUAGUAGCGAUAUAGGCGGACUAGUGCAUUCUGCGAGCGAGUCCGACAAUCUGUCUGUCAGCAGUUUUUACGAUUCAGACUCAUCAAACCAUGCAAUUACCCCGGCUUGUUACGACAUUGAUACUAACGAGAAUGAGAAGAAAUUGCGCGAGACCAUAGAAGUUGCCGCACAUAAAGUGUGCGAGGAUUCGACUGGACCAAACUUUGGAGAAAUUAUAAAAGAAUCUAUAUUUGAAAUAGUCUCUGCUUAGUUAAUGUUACCAAAUUCAGCUUUAUACAGCUUACCCUGCCGAAUAUCAUGAACAAAUUCAUCUGAUUUUCAUAUUUUUAAAAGAGUCUUGUUAUCCAUUUUAGAGAUACCAUGAUUUAAAAAAUUUAAAAUCGGUCAUCAUUCAACAUGUUAGAGCUUUGACAGAAUAUAGUGAAGAGCUUGUUAGUCUGGCUCUUUCCUAAUGGCAAAUACUGGACACUUUAAGUUCCAGUUUAAUGAUGGUUAAGAUCUAAAGAAUUCUUUUCUUACACUAUAUGUUCGAUAUUUACAUAGAAUUUUGUUAACUGUAAUGCAAAACUGGGCUGAUAGCAAAAAAAAUGUUUAUUAUAAUAGAAAGUUUAAAAGUGGGCUGAUAGCAAAAAAAAUGUUUAUUAUAAUAGAAAGUUUAAAAGUGAAGCAAACAAAAUAAAUGAAUAAAAAUUAUUAAUUAGAAAUUUCGAAGUAGAAAUAACUUAUUUUAGAAAAGUUUAGUAUAUUAUAUUUCUUAGUUUUUAGAUCAGAGAUAAAAAUACGCAAACAUAUUUUUAAAAAUAAAUAUUUGAUUGAUAAAUCAGGGUGUUUUUGCACUGUCAGUCCAUUUUGUUAAGGGUUGUUUUUUUUAACACAAGAAACUAUGUUGCAAAAUUUAAACAUUUUAAGAUGUUACCAUCUUUUUACAAUGUUUUUUUUCCUUCCUUGAGCUAUUGUACCAAAAUCUGGUACCAAAUGUUUUGUAUGUAGUUGAUUUUAAAUUCAUGAGGACUUUUUUUCUCAAAUGUUUCUGUUAUUUAUACAUUAAGUGUUUACGAAGCAUUUUUACAAUGGCAGAUUUUUGUCUGUUCACUUGUUUUUAGUGCAAGAGAAAAUGUUAAUGUCAUUACCUUGCAUUUGAUGACUUUAUUGAUAUAUAAUGUAUUUUGUCAUAUUUGUAUAAGAGAAACAAUAUUUUUACCUGGCGUAAACAAAAUUCUUCAGAUUAUUUUUAAUGUGUAGUUCAAACAUCGCUUAUUUUAGCAUGUUUUCGAGUAAUGAAUUUUUUACAAUUGUUUCACAAACUUGCGGUUACAUAAUCAUUUAAUUAUUUCAACUUACGUUUCUAUAACUUACAUUUAGUUUUCAUCUUUAAAGACAAGUUUACAAGUUGUUUUCUAUAGACAGUGCUGGUUCACACUAUUUUGUUACUAAAUAUAGAUAUUUGUUGAUCUAUUUUUAGCAUUUUGAAUACUGAUUGGUAAUACUGAGUUAUGUGCCCCUGAUUUGAUAACAAUAUAUUGUUCUUUUGAAAUUAAAGAGUGACUGGUCUAUAACACAUGGUUGGUUCCCUUAAAAAAUUAUGUAAUAUUUGUAAAAUUGCCAUUUUUGUACAAAGCAUGAAGUAGUUCAGUAAAUGGACUAGGCAGUGUUGCAUUUUAAGAGUAAGACAAUAAGUAAGCCAAUGAUGCCAGGAUGUUCAAUUUCUUUGAAAGUUUGCCAAAAUGCAUUUUUCAAAUAAGAUAUAUUUACAAGAUUAUCAGCAUUUAUGUAUUUUGGAAAUUUGUCAUUUUUUUGGUAAGUUUUCAAGACUUUAGACUUGACCAGGAUAAUGCUGAACGAAAAUACAGUUUUAUUGUUAUUUAGACCAAUCAGAUUUAUGAUGUCUUAAAAUAGAAGCUAUGACCUAGAGGUGAGAAUUUUAUUCUUCGAUGGAAGAGUGUGUCUUUUCAUCACACUCUUUGUUUUGUUGAAUCUCUUUUACCGUAUGAUGAUCUGAAAAAUCUCUGUUUUUUGUUAUAUUCUAUACAUUUUUCCUAAGGCAUGCUAUAUUUAUUUUGCAAAAAGAUUACCAUGUGGGGAAAGGGAGCUAAUUCUGCAUCGACAAUAUAUAUUAAGUGUUGCAAGAGUUGUCUUUCUUUGUAUAAUUUUUCAAUACAAGUGACAAAAUUCAUAUUGAUACAUCACUCAUAUGUGAAGUAUACUUAUUCAGUCUGAAAAUAAAUGGAAGAACUAAAAAUAAGAGAAUUUAGAUAAAUUUGUUUGAAAAUGGUUUGCAACACAAAAUAACUGUUUUAAACUUUUAAUGAGUAAUUAGAUUAAUUCUAAAUAUAAAUAUAAACCCUGUUCAAGAAGUGUACCGAGUUGUAAAUGUUGUUAAGUAUAUUUAUAUCUUUUUUCUUCUGUAUACAGAAGAUUGUUUUUAUUGUUCAUGUUUUACUUUGUGAAAAUAAAUUUCAUUGUAUACUAUAAUGAACAAAUUUUUGAUUGAGAAAAUUGUACAAAAAAAUUUUACAAAUUUUUUCCUUUUCUUUUUAGAUGAUAUUGUAUAUUUGCAAAAGUUGUGUUUAUAUUAUGUAAAAUUGUCAAGAAUUGUAUAAAGAUUUAAGUGUUGUUCAAAUAAUUAAGCAUAUCUUUGUAAGCAUGUGCAAAUAAUUUUUUUCUGCAUGGCUGUGUUAAUGAUGAAUGUAAAAUGAAUUAAUGGCCGGUUUUAUUGGUUUAAAACAAGUGUGUUUAUAAAAGAAGCAAGAUUUUUACUUGGAAAAUUUUACCUUUAAAUAUUUUUAGACUGAUAUACCUUUUCUUAUGAUUUUGGCUUUUAAGGAUAAAAGAAAUAAAGAUAAGUUACCAGUCUGAAAAAUAAAAUCAUACUGAAAUAGACCAAUCAUUGAGAAGAUUUUAGUAGACUGGUUUAAAAUUCUCUUUUUUUAGGAAAUUUUUUUAAAGGGGACAUGUUUUUGUGGAAAGGUUUGAGGAAUAAACACCUUUAUUUUGGCUACAAAGGUCACACUUAAAAAAUAGCUUAAAGCCUGCUGGUCUACAUACAUUGUAUUAGAAAACUUGCUGUUUCAUAGGAUGUUAUGAGUAAAAUCAAAGAAAUAAACAGAUAUUUAAAAUAGUAGUAAAUGUAUAAAGAAAGGAAAGUUAGGGGAGGGGGAGGGCAGGCUUAAUUCAAUAUUUUCACAUUUUAAGUGUUUAGCAGAUGAAGAAUGUCUCCCAAUAGGAAAAAAAGGAAAUAAGAAUUAAUUCUAUUUGUUGUGGCGUUAAAAUUAGUAGUUAUGAUAAAUAUUUACAGGAGUUUUGCUGCAAUGUGUUGGAAAUGGUACUAUCCUAAAAAAGUGUUCAUUUUUGUCAUUUUCAUAUAGAAACAAAAAAUUCUAAAUUUUUUAAAUAUUUUCUAUUGAUUUAUAGAUGUUACAACAGUGUCAUAUGUGUUUUAGAUCAUGUAAAAUUUUGUCAUUAAGCUCAGUGUGUUAUGUUAUGUGUCCAUGGAAUUGAAAUUUUUUAUAAGUUUGCCAAAGUUCAUUUAGCAUAAUCUACAAACAUAUUGUACAAAUCUUUUUCAUGAAAAAAAAGCCAAGAUACUUUUUAAAAUGUGCCAUAUCUGUUGGAGAGAAUUGGCUUUGUUCUUUUUUAGUUAAUAUGAUUUUUAGCUCUCUAAAUAUAGAUUCUGGAAUCUAUUGAUAUUGUAAGCGUAAGUUAAAUGAACUGCAAUCUUAAAAAGGACAAUGCAGUGGUAUGCAUUCUAUUUAUAGAUACUGCAGUCUAAUUAUAGAUUCUGCAAUCUAAUUAUAGAUACUGUAAUCUAUUUAUAGUACCUGCAAGCUGAAGACACCGCCAUCUUUGUAAAGAAAAUGCAGUCUUGAUAUAGUUUAUAAAUGCUAUUUAUAAACACUGCAAUGUAUUUAUAGAUAACAGAAUCUAUUUUUAGUAACUGCAGGCUGAAGACACGGAAAGAGAGAUAUCAUACAAUCUAUUUAUAGACACUAAUAUUUUAUAGAAAAUGCCCUGUGAAUCUGUUUGACAAUUAAUGAAGAAUUGAGCUCAAGCUUAGUAAUAAUUAUACAGUUUCUUCUGAAGAUUAAUUUGUUUUUAAACUUUGAUUACUUAAACCCUUUUAUUGAAUUAUAAUUAUGAAGUUACAGGUACCCCUUAAACCAUUUUGUUAAUUAAAAGGUAUGAGUCAAACUGAUAUCAGGAAAUAAAACCAAAGGUUCGUUCAUUGUUAUAAAUAUUUGUUAUGAGGUCUUUUAUUAUCAUACACCAAGGUAGUAAUAAACGAUUAUUUCUGAAAAAAAAAUGAAUUUUAUUAAAUAUUAUUUAAGAGAAUAUUUCUGACAGAAUUAUUGUAUCAAUAAUCUUUUCUACAGGAGUAUAGUCUGGUUUUGUUAAGCAAUCAGAUUUGCUUUUUCAUGGUCUUAACAUGACUUUUGAUAAGAAAGGCAUUUAUUGUUAUUCGAAAGUUCCAAUUUCGUCUUAAAAGCAUUCUGAAUAAUUUUUUCUGGUCAAAAACAGCUUGAAUAAUCUAUGUUUCUUGUCCAAAGUUAUAAAAGAAAAAUUCUUUGCUCAAAUGCAGAUCUCUGGCAUUUGAUUGGUCAGAAACUGUCACAGGAUGUUGUACUCUGACCAAUGAAAUUCCUAAGAUUUGAGACAGAGUAAAAAGAAAUAAUACAAUCCCCGAGGCCUGCUUUUGUUCUUUACUGAAAUACGCAAUAUAUAUUUUGACUUGUUUAGAGUGCUUAAUUGAUUUUGGGCCUGUUGUUAGAUCUCAGUUUUCAGUAUCAUAAUAUUUGAAACAAACA